AUGGCGUCGAUGCGCAAGAUAGACGCGUAUAUGGACCGCAAGAACGAGCUAAUCACAGAAUACACCAGCCUCGAACACACCUUAUCCGACGAACCUGACCCCUCGCGCCUCUUGAACAACUUUGCCAUCCUCAAACGGCUCGAUGAGUUACGCUACGAAUACUACGUGGCGAAAUCGUACCGCGACAAUAUCAAGCUGGGGCUUGAGUCUGCUGUGAGCUCGAACUCCAUGCUUCUCAGUGACAUCGAGGUUGAGAUUAGGAAGUUGGAAGAGGUGAUUGGGUUGGACGAGUUGGUAACUGUUGCGCCGCAGUUGCAGAUUGUGCGGAAGGGCAUGGCUGAGAAUGCCCACGAGGCGGGUCGAUUGAUCUAUAAUUACGAGGUUCAGAAUAAGGAAAAAUGGAAGUUGCUCGAUCAGAGAAUGUACGAGUUGAGACAGAGUUGA